UAAGCGAUAAUGAGUAAUGUCCUUUUACAGAUACACUUCCAUACUUCACUGCAGAGUGCGAGCGAGUACUUUCCAAUAGAAGUAUUGCCCAACGAAUGUGGUGGGAAAGCAGGUCCAAUACGGGAAUUGAUGGACGCGAAUUAUAAGAGAAUCGUAAACUUCCGCGAAUGGUUUUUGGAAGAUGAAAAGAACAAUCGCGUGAACGAGUCUCUAUGGAUCGGUAAAAGCAAGACAUCUGAUGAUUUGUUCGGUGUGGAUGGUAGUUUCAAACAAAUAGAAAUCGAUUAAGUCAAUUUUGAAGUUUGUAAGUAUCAGGCAGCGUUAAAUCAAUAACAUAGAAGAGAAUUUUUGGAAAUGUUUCUAUAUAUAUAUUUCCUCAUCUCUUUCUUACCGAACCCGACAACUGAGUUCACCCGGAACACCGUUCCCGACGCGA